ACUGCUCCUCGGAGCUACAGCUUCCUUGCGGCGGCGACACCACACAUUUGUUCCACAGCCGAGGCACCCAUACCCAGUGCAAUCCAUCCGUGGCUUCAUCCCAUACUGUAACCUGUGCCCGGAAACAAGGGGACGUGGCCCAGCCACGCGUACAGUCCAACAGGUCCCCCGCCAAGGCAACAGCUGUUUCGCUCCUGUGGCCCGGGUGCGAGCCGGGACCGCAACUCUACUGCCCUCCCCUCGGUCCAGCAUAGCCGCCACGGCCCACCUUCCGUCGGGCGCAACCCCGGCCUUCAGCUUCCCGUUGUACUGCGAGGGUCUCCCCACGAGGCCGAAGCCGCAGUGCCGACCGUGUCUUGCAGCAGGCCGUCGAAAAAGCUGCCACGCCAGCGCAGCUCCCUCCAUUGCACUGCCACUAACCUGCCCUGGUCCACUAUUGUAGUUCCUCCUUUGGUAGUGUGCUGUUUGUCAAGAGGGCGAAGCGCCUCGCAGGAAGGCCAGCCGCCCGUGUGCCUCCCCUUAACGAACCCGUCACCUUCCUUCUCCUCGGUCGAUUAACAACUCUUGCAAUCGGAGUCGUACAACGGCUUUCGCUCCAGUCCUCGUAGCGUCGUCUCACCGGUCGGUUUUGCCGCCAAGACUCUUGACUUCGCUCUCCCAGAACUGGGCAGGGCCGGGGGUGCCCUGUCUCUUCUUCAGAUCGUCGAAAGAGUUGGGUGGUUUUC